AUGACACAAAUCACUGGACUCGGUGAGCUCAGACCGCGAAAUGGUUCGGGUGUGAACUGGGAGAUUGGAUCGUUACUCGACUAUGUCAGGCGAUCCGAGUUCGUUCCCCCUCCCAACACAUUCGUGGUACUGGUCUGUCGCCAUGGUGCGGUCGAAGGCCUGACAGCCAAGAUUCAUCGCAAAAGACAGAAAGAAAAGUUCAGCCGGUGGAAGAGGAAGAAUGUCGCCAUCAAAGCGACAGACGACCUUCGACUCAACGCGGUCAUCUCUGCUGCCGAGAAGGCUGAGUCAUAUGACAACCUCAUCAUCAUUGCAAGCGGAUUCGUGAGCCACUUUGGUUUUGACGUCGGCUCCAGUAUCAUGGACUUGAAGGUAUACCGGUGCGGAAGCUAUCACAAUCAUGAAGAAUACCUUUACCUCGAUGGCACCUCAACCUUUCACGGGCAACCUCUCCGAUCAUGGGAAUCCAAGCACCAUGAGGCCAAGUUCUGGCUUGGACCCGGCGUCGUGCUGGACCUCGGCUCCCAAAUCGGCCAGCUGGGCAACUUGUCGGACGACGACUUGUCUUCCAUGUCAGACUUUGACCAGGAAAAAGUCCGAUCCAACAUUGAAAUGAUGAUUGAUGUGAAGAUGGAGGACAGCUGGUGGGACAAGUUCAGAGACUGUAUUUCCGCCAUUGUCGACGUCCUCGCAAGAGCCGCUGGGUUCGCCCACGUCGGCUACAUCAAAAUGACUGCCGGGGGAAUGUUUGUGCAGUACAAGUUUGUCGGGUUUGCGCUCUACACAGGUACAGUAGCAGCAGCAGCAGCAGCAGCAGUGGCCGGGAGUGCAGUCUCGGCGGGAACCGCAUUGCUGGUCGCUCCAGGGGUGUCAGCGGCCAUUUACUUCAUUCCCUGGGAGUCCGUCUUCGAUUGGUUGAAGAGCGUUGUUUCGUGGCUCACGGCGGGCAUCAAGAAGGUCUGGGAAAAGGUCAAGGAUUGGCUGGCUGCGUUUGCGAGCAAGAUACGAGAUACGCUGGGGCUUGAUGGAUGGUCCGCACAAGUUCUCGGCAUGAGAGUGAUGGAUUUGGACUGGACUGCCUGCCAUGGCUAG